AAGUAAAUAAGCUAGCUGCAUAUCUAGCAAGAUACCAUUCAAAAACACAUCUUACCAAGGUUUUGAAAAUUUUCAGCCUAUACCCAUAUGUUAUUGAAUCAUAUGGCAACGAUUCUUGAAGAUAUCCACCAAGAUAUCAUUCAAAAACACAUCUUACCACGUCUCGAUGGUCCAUCCCUUUGGACCAUCGCGACAGCCACCGCAUCAUCAACCCAUCUACGAUCCCUUUGUAUAGAUCACAAGCUUUGGGCCGAUGUCUCCAUGUCCACUUGGCCUUCUAUAACCCACCCUCAUGUUCAUCAAAUCAUUUCCACCUUUCCUAAAUGUUACUACUCUUUCUUUCGAGACUCUUUUCCUUCUUUAGUCACAUAUCCUCCCUCUAAAUAUUUGUCAAAUUCUCAUCAUGAAAAAGACCAUUCUUUGCCAUCUGAACUCAUCUCACUUGUCGAUAUACGCUACAAAGGCAACAUUAUUUACUCCACAGCCCACUUUACUAACACCACAAGUGAUCAUUUCUUGUCAUCACCAUUUCAGAUUGUAUUAAACGAAUCAACACACGUACCCGAGAAGUUCAAUGAUCUAGAAAUCUCAAACAAUGAAGCUUCAUUAUCUCUUUUGAAAGAAUCCGUGACACUAAACUGGAUUAUAAUAAAUCCUUCCUUGAAACGGGCAGGCAACCUAUCGAUUAUCAAACCGGUAAUUGUUUGAAUGGUAAGGAUUUUUUGGUAAUUACACAAAGAGCAAUUUUGGAGGAAAAUAAUGUCAAGAGGAGUGUGAUUGAUAAUGAGAGAAGACUGAGGAGU